AUGGGAGCGGUCGAGUCCAUUCUAGUCGUUUCGGAUUCCGACGAGGAGGGCGACGAGGGACAACAGGGUAACCAGCAACGGCGACGAGAGCGACAGCGUCGCAAGGCGCAGGGGGAGGAUGCAGGCUCCGCGGAAUUUACGAGUCAAGAGCGUCAGGCGGAGCAGCAACGGCGGAAGAACCACGCGGAAGGAGCGGGUGACGGCAAGCGGGGCGGUCCUCCAGGGGGGAGCAACCUUGCAAGAAGUUAUAGCGUUGACUCCGUUGACUCGCUUGACCGCGACGAGUCUAUCUGCUCGCCCCGCUCCGUUGACUCCCUUGACCUUGCCUCCCCUCGUUCCGUUGAUCCGGCGGAACCGUACGAUUCUGCUAAUCUCCCCGUGUCCGCGCAUCCCGGUACCCUCUCCGCGCAUCCCGGUACGCGCAAGUCCAAGGCGCACCACAGGCGGAGGGGUUCGCGCGGAUCGUCUCGCCUCAGCAAAUCCGAUUCCGCCACUUACGCCGACGGGCGCGUCGCUCCCGACGCUGACGUGGCCGCCGUGACGAGCGGGAACGGACACGUCACCGCUGCAUCGCUGGCACCCGCGCACGCCAAGUCAGCUGGAGAAUUAUCAUUGGGAGAAGACGGAGCGCUGCGAGAAAGAAGGAGCAUGGUGGGUGGAUUGGGUAUGGGGGGACUCGGGGAAGUGGGCGGAGGGAUGGAGAGGGAGAGGGGAAUGUUAGCGGGAGGGGGGGCAGCAUUACCUCCUGUGAAACUGCCUGGGCCGGGUGGGGGACGCGUGGGUAUAGAGGGGAAAAGUGGGGUGGGGGGAGGGAUCGAGGUCGGGGGAAGCUUAGGCGCAGGCAUGGGGGCGCAUUGGGUUGUUUUGGGCAGCAGAGAAAUCACCGAAGCUGCUUCCGUGGCUCCGUUCCAAACCUCCGGCGCUGCUCUGGCGGCUGCCGAGGCUGCUUCCAAUGCUGCUGCUGCCGAAGCCGCAGCCUCGUUGCAGCCAGGCUCUCCUGUGAGGCUGCAGCGGGUGCUAGCUGCUGUGUCACGCGCACUAGACAGGGCCAGUGAGGAGGCGAAAGCAGAGAGGGAGGGUGGCGCGGAGGGAGGGGUGAGUGUUGAGCCGACUGACAAGUCACCUCGAGUGCUGGUUCCCGCGUCACAUGCGUCAAACAGUGAGAGUGAGGCGGCUGCAGAGAGGGGGGGCUUUGCGGAGGGAGAAACGGCAGCAGGGAAAACGACAGAAGAAGCAGUUGCAGGGAAAGAGGUUGCUGCAGAGGGUGCAGCGGUUGCAGAAGCAGCAGGGGUGGCAACUGGGGUGGCAACUGGGGUGGCAAUUGGGGUGGCAACUGGGGUGGCAACUGGGGUGGCAGCACAGGUGGCAACAGCAGUGAUCGCAGAGGGUCCAGGUGGCACAAUGGGGUUGGAUGAAGCAGGCGAGGAGGAGAAUGGGGGUGAGGGUGAUGGUACUGCUUUGGGCGGGGAAAGAGCACACGCAGAGACGGCUUUUGAGAGGCCUCAGAGGGACGAUGGUACGCAUACAGAGGCGGGUGUGGGGGAGGAGGUGGCAUUGGCAGUGCAGGGCGGCGGGCUGGCAGGGAACACGGGUCAGGCGGGAGAGUGGGGUGAGGGAGGUGAUGGUAGUGAUGGUAGUGCCGUGGGAGGGCGAGACGCACAUGGCGAGAGGUGUGGGGGGGGGCAGCUAGCAUUGGGAGUGCAGGACGGUGGGCUGGGAGGGAACGCGGGUGAGGCGGGUGGGAGGGGUGUGGUUGAGGGGGAUGCGGGUGAGGGGGGCGAGGAGAGUGAGGCGGGUGAAGGGGAUGAGGGGGGUGGGGAUGAGUUGAGUGAGGGACAUGAGUUGGUUUUUGAGGCGCCUCAGAAGGGGCAUGGGGUGGUGGGGAUCGAAGGAUGUGCUGAUUUUUCUGGGGAGGGCUUUAAGGGGAGCGGUGUGGCUGUUGGUGUGGGGGAGAGCGGGUGGGAGUCAGACAGUGAGUUUGGCACUCCAGAGCUGCUCUCCCCUACUGGCAGGGGCAGCGCGGAGAGGGAUAAUGCUGCUAACAGUAGUUGCAUCAGCGUCGAGUUCCACAUCAUCAGGCACGGGCAGUCAACCCAGUCGCCUGCCCUCAUAGCUGGUCGCUCCCCAGCUGCCCGUCUCACCCCCACGGGCUGCCAGCAAGCCGUGUCUCUGGGCACCUUCCUGCGCCGCUACCUUGGCCUUCAGUGGGACGAGGUGUUCUGCUCACCCAUCCCACGCGCCACGCACACUGCUCGGCUCGUCUGCCAGGAGCUGGGCUUUCCAACCGACCGCAUACAGGAAGCGCCUGACCUUCAAGAGAUGAGUGCAGGCCACUGGGAGGGAAAGUCCCGGGCAGAAUUAUUUUCUUCCGAUGCUGCCCUGGCAUGGAUGACAGCCUCUCAGCCCGACUUUUGCUACCCGGGCGGCGAAUCGCAGCGCGAGGUGGAAUAUCGCAUGGGGCCCAUUGCUCCCUAG